UAUUGUAGUUAACCACAAAAAUGUUAAAUCAUAUUUAUAAAAAAACAAAAACUGUACUAAAAAGAAAUUUAACAAUGGAGUCAAUUAUAUUUAUCUCUGUCUCACUCCCCUCCAUGUUGCCACGUGGAUUGCGCCAUCCUAAAAAAAUUUUGGCGGGUGUUUUUUCAUUUUGAUCAAUCGAGGAGGCGGCGCUUUGGUGUUAGUAAGGGUAUUAUCGUCUUUUCGUGACCCUCUUUCUAGGGUUUUUGUGUCUAUCCCUGUCGGUUCUCUUAUCUCUCUGUCUCUCUUUUCAUUUUUGAAUAUGUUUUUUCCUUGCUCGUUUUCAUAACAAAAGCUUUUCUCUGUUCUUGGGUUUUGAUCUGUGAAAGACGAAAAGCUCUUUCCUUUCUCUGUUUUAUUUCCCUCUCUUCUUUACAUUUAUUUUAGUUGCAAAUUGGUACUUCUUUGUUCUUCAAGCUCCAAUAUUCAUUUUAUCCCCCCCCCCCCAUUUGCUGUCCUGUUUAAUGUAAGAUCUGUUGGAAGAAUUGGUUCAUGGGGGUUAUGGAUCUUAGAGAACAGAAAUCAUUGAAUGAAGAUACAAUGAGUGAGACCAUGAAGAAGUUUUGUACUGACUGCAAGACCACAAAGACCCCUCUUUGGAGAGGUGGCCCUUCUGGCCCCAAGUCAUUGUGCAAUGCAUGUGGGAUAAAAUAUAGGAAGAGAAGAAGAGCAAUGUUGGGUUUAAACGAAGCAUCAGAGAAGAAGAAAGUGAAAUGGCAUUUAUCAUCAUCGUCGUCGUUGUCAUCAUCCAGCACCAUCACAACAAGCUCUGCUUCUAUUGCUACAACAAAUGAUGAGUCUGUUGAUGACAUGAAACCUAGUGGUAGAUUUAGUGGGUUAGGUGAGACUGUCAAGAUCAGAUUACUUGCUUUGAGCGGUGAAGUUUUGUUGCAAAGAUCAUUAUCAUUAACAUGGGUAGUGAAGAAGCAAAGGUGUCAAAGGAGAAGGAAGGUAGGAGAGGAUGAAGAACUUGCUGCUUUUUCUUUGAUGGCCAUGUCCUAUGGCUUAGUUUUUGCUUGACAACUAGAGAAACACAGAAUUGAUCAACAGCGAAAUUCGAUUGAAAAAUCAAUGUAUUUAUGAUGAAAUGAGAGUGGUUUACUUUAUUUACUUGCCCGUCUCAAGUGAAUAUUCUUCUGUUGUCAUGAUUAAGACAUUGUCCUUUGAGGAUAGGAUCAGCUUAACUAUAUAUAUGAUUAAGUAAAGUAUUAACGCUUUCAACUAUUUAUACAA